CACCUGCCCGAGAUGUUAUGCCGCUUGCAUCUCACCGCGCCACGCAGCCCUUUGAGGAGCCGCAUCCUUUGGCCCGGCCCUGGGUCACUGUUUGAGGAACUGGAGCGAGAGAUGGACACCAUCUGGGAGCGGCUGAGGAGCCACUGGCCCUCUGCGACGACCAGCCACGAGACAGCCCGUCAGAUGGACGUGGAGAGCCCCACCGAACGGUUUGCGGUGACCCAAGAUAUGGCUGGGUUUGACCCCAAGGAGUUAGUGGUCAAACUGGUUGGGGAGAAGCUGGUCCUCACAGGCAAGAAGGCCACGCAGACGCCCAACGGCCCCUUCCGGUAUGAGCUGUUCCGGAGGGAGUGGGAUGUGCCCGAGACCGUGGACCGGGACCAUUUGACCUGCUCUAUUUCUAGCGAGGGGCAGCUGCGUAUUGAAGCCCCUUCCAUGGCGUCAGAACCCGCCACGAGAACAGUGCCCAUCGAAGUCAGCCAGCUGGAGAAUGGGGCCAGAGCCGAGAGAGAAUCAGGGGGCACCGAAGACCCCAGGGCCAAAGCAUGAGAGACUGAAUGGGGAAAGACU